AUGGCCGACAAUCCAAGAGAGGUUGGCAGCCAGGCACCGCGUCUAGAUGCUUCCGGCCCACGGGACGUGGUGUUCUGUCACCAGUGUGAGCAUGAAUGGUACCAAGAUGAAGCUGGGCUCGUUUGUCCUCGAUGUGAGGGGGAAAUCACAGAGAUCGUAACUCCAGAGAGUGAUCCUCGUCCUGAACGCGAGUUCGAUUAUGCCAAUAAUUCCCGUAAUCCAAUCGAAAUCGAUUCCGAUCCAGAAGAGGCAGAUAUUGAAGAACACGUUACACACGGACCAGGAGGCUCUGUAUUAUUCUCCAGAACAGUUAGGACCUCUUCUCCUCGCUCUCCAUUUGGAAUACCUCCCAGAAGAAGAGCAGACCCUCAUGAUGAACAUCCAGACUUUGUCAUGCGCGACUUUCAUAACAUGCUCGGCAAUAUUAUGGGACCCCAAUUCCGCCCUGGACAGGCUGGUAGAUCUGGUGCUAAUACUCUAUUCACCCAGGAUAACGUUUAUGGUGGUCAAACAUUUCGUGUAGGUGGGGACGGGAAUGGACCUACAAUCGUUGGAGGACGCUUCACUUUCGGUGUCCCUCCUCCAAGACAACAAAGAGGCGGAGAAUUUCAGCAACAAGGAGUUCCACCACCAGUUCCUGAUCUAGCUACGUACGAUUCCCCCUCCCAUCCCCUUAAUGGCCGUUCUCUGCAUGUUGUUAGUAUAAGAGCACCACCUGACCAACUUGCCAGUAUCAUCGGAUCUCUCUUCGCCCCAAUGGGCCCCCCAGGUCAAAGAGACGGCCCUCAUGGUGGAGGCUUACCACCUGGACUACAAGGUCUCUUUGCUGCCAUGGCCAAUCCAGCCAAUGCACGCUCAGGAGAUGCUGUCUAUACACAAGAGGCUUUGGACCAAAUCAUUUCAACUUUGAUGGAGCAGCAUCCCACAUCCAAUGCACCUGGUCCUGCUUCGCCAGAUGCUAUAUCAGCACUUCCCAAGAAGAAGCUAGACGAGAAAGAACUUGGGCCAGAGGGUAAAGGAGAGUGCAGUGUCUGUAUGGACGACGUAACUAUAGGAGUUGAGGUUGUGGUCCUACCCUGCUCUCACUGGUUCCAUGAGGCCUGUGCCAGUGCAUGGUUAAGCGAACACAACACUUGUCCCAUAUGCAGGAAAGGCAUCGAAGCCGAGACACCACCAAACAGCCGAAGGUCAUCAGGCCAAAGCAAUCCGUCAACACGAAAUGAACACCGUGCGCGGAGACUGAGUUCGAUCAGACCAAGAAUGGACAGAUUCAGCUCGGCUUCUGCAGCUGCUCGUAAUGAAGCAAGAUUAGAGUCUAUCCGCAACAGUGCUGGUAUUCUACCUUCGCAAGAGUCCCAGGGGCCAAGACGAUGGCAUGUGGUCGGUGAUCCAAACACAUCACAGUCAGCAAAUGACGAUUUCACCCCUCCCAUGCCAGGCUCCUUCUACAGACGUCAAUCGGACAUGAGCGACAGCCAGCGAGACAACAGGCGAGGAAACACUAGUGAUAGUGACCGAUCACGGGAAUCUCGUCGAAGCAGCCAUUCUGGAAAUAGCACGCCUGGCGGAGGAGCGAUGUCAUGGAUCCGAGAUCGUUUCGGCUCGAAUCGACGAACGGAAUAA